AUGAAAGACGACCCGGAUUUUAACAUAAAGUUUGUGGCUAUGAUUGAAACAAGUCCGUGCAUAUAUGACCACACAAAAGCAGAUCAUAGCAAUAAACAAAUAGUUGACAGAGCUUGGGAAAUGAUUGCUAAGCAACUAUCAGCAACAGUAUCGGAUUGUAAAGAACGAUGGAAAAACUUAAGAGGUUCUUAUACCCGCCAUUUAAAGUCAGCCAUUGGACCUUCUGGUGCUGCUACAAAACCCAAGAAGCCUUACUACCUCGCAGAAUACAUGCACUUUUUACAUCCAUUUACCAAGUCUCGCCAGUCAGUGUCAUCCAUGAGUAACGAUUAUAACUUUUCUUGCUCACAAAAGUCCAUUAGUCCCUCUGAAGGGUCUAAUAAUGAAGAAAAUAGUGUGUCUAAUGUAUUCGAAGACGAAAUAACAUUAAAUCAACAUGAAGACAACACAUCGUCUGAUGAGUUACCUCCUCACCCACCAAAUAAAAAACUAAAAGUGUCGAAACAAGAUGUAUCUCUUUCUGACGUAAAUAAAUCAGCUUAUGAUUAUUUUCAAUCUAAAAAAAAUAAAACUGGAACUUCCGAAAAAGCUCCUCAAGACCCUGACGUAUCAUUUCUUAUGAGUCUUCUGCCAGACAUGAAAGAUAUGAAUAAGGACCAAAAGAGGCGAUAUAAAAUUGGAAUUUUAAAUAUGGCUAUGAACAUAUUGAAUGAGAAAAAUGUAGACACAACAACGACGUCCAACAAUUCUACGCCAUUGAUUAAUCUAGAUCAUCAACAACAACGUCCUGUCUACGAGCUACUGCCCCCUUUUAACCAACUAAAUAUUCCAUUCCCAAUUUAUCCCAAUGAAGAACAACAAGGUUCAAUAUUAUUGGGACAAACAAGUUUUUUAACAAAGCAAAGUGACAUAGAGUUUCCAAGAAGAAAGUAG